GGAUGAAUAGUGACGGAAGCUUUAUAUUUCGAAAAGGGUGCCCCGUGUCCCUAGACUCGACUCGACUGCCUUGCUGCAUUUGCAUUUGCUGAGUCCAUCUCCAAUCCACUGUAUUUUAUGCAGUGGAUUGUACCAAAAAUAGGGGAGGGGCUUCAAUCCAUCCUCAAAUUCCCUCCUCUUCCUUCCUCCAAUUCUUGCAGGAAUCCACAGUGUUUGUUACUCCAUUCUAUUUUUGAAGUGGAGUUUUGUGAAGGAAAUUAAAGGCGGCGGUCGAGGUAUGGAACGCAGUGAAACUGAGGAAAGGCUUUUGGCGAGAGUAGAAAAUGGCGACGAAGACGGCGAGGAGGCGAGAAGUCUCGCGAGUAAGGUGUGGUCGGAGUCGAAGAAGAUGUGGAUCGUCGCUGGACCUGCAAUUCUCACCCGAGUUUCAACUUUUGGAAUAAAUGUGAUCAGCCAAGCUUUCGUCGGCCAUGUUGGUGCUACCGAGCUCGCAGCCUAUUCUCUCGUCGUGACUCUCAUCACCAGAUUCGCUAAUGGACUAACGCUUGGAGCUGCGAGUGGACUCGAAACCCUAUGCGGACAGGCGUACGGCGCGAAGCAAUACCACAUGCUGGGGAUAUAUCUGCAACGAUCGUGGAUCGUUUUGAUCAUCGCUACAACUCUAAUAGUGCCAAUUUACGUUUUCACAACUCCUCUAUUGAAAGCAUUAGGUCAGGAUGAGGUUAUCAGUGAGGUUGCUGGAAAGAUUUCUCUCUGGUUCAUUCCCGUUGUGUACGCCUUCAUCGUGUCGUUUAGCUGCCAAAUGUUCCUGCAAGCGCAGAGCAAGAACAGGAUCAUCUCAUACUUAGCGGUUGCUUCAUUAGCAAUCCACCUUUUCCUCUCAUGGCUUUUAACUUUCAAGCUCGGGUAUGAACUAACAGGUGCUCUAAUUUCGACUAUUUUGGCGUACUGGAUUCCGAACUUGGGGCAGAUGAUGUUCGUUACCUUGGGAGGAUGUCCAGAAACAUGGAGAGGCUUUUCGAUGUUAGCGUUCAAGGAUCUUUGGCCGGUUGUCAAGCUGUCUGUGUCGUCUGGUGCAAUGCUCUGUCUUGAAUUAUGGUACAAUGCUAUAUUGAUUCUUCUCACGGGAAACUUGGAAAAUGCAGAGGUCGAACUCGAUGCCCUUUCGAUCUGCCUUAAUAUCAAUGGCUGGGAGAUGAUGAUAUCACUUGGAUUCUUGUCUGCGGCGAGUGUCCGUGUCGCGAAUGAACUUGGCAUGGGAAAUUCGAAGGCUGCGAAGUUCUCUGUUGUCAAUAUUGUGCUUACUUCAUUUGUAAUUGGUUUGGUGCUGUUUGUGGUCUUCCUCUUCCUCCGCGAAGGCUUAGCUUAUAUAUUCACCGAAGACAAAGCUGUAGCAGCAGAAGUUGCUCAUUUAUCGCCUCUUCUUGCAUUUUCGAUACUCCUCAACAGCAUUCAGCCGGUUCUCUCAGGUGUAGCUAUUGGAGCCGGUUGGCAGUCGACUGUUGUUUAUGUAAACCUCGCAUCGUAUUAUUUGCUAGGAAUACCUCUCGGCUUCCUGCUUGGUUAUGUCCUUGGAUUGCAAGUCGAGGGAGUUUGGAUUGGAAUGCUUGUAGGAACGUUGGUUCAAACUAUCGGCUUGCUCAUCCUAACCCGGAGAACCGAUUGGGAUAAACAGGUAACCAUUGCUAAAAAAAGAGUUACCCAGUGGUAUGUGGAAGAUGACUCCGCAGAAAGAGCAGAAAACACAGGAAUGUGACAAAGAGGACAUGGAUCUCAACACAGCGUCUAGUGUAUCUUUGGCCAGCUGAAACUUCACUUCCGUCUCGUUGGAGGGAGAUUUCAAAUAAUCUUGCAACUACGAAGAAGUAAGAAUAAAUGCAAUUUUUAAAAUGUCGGUGCUAGAGCAAAUGGUUUAAUCUUACAAAACUACUUCGCGCAGUUUCUUAUGUUAUUUGUUUCCAUGAUCAUAUAAGUCACUCCAUUUUAUUACCUUAAGUGUAAUGAUAGCCACUCGAUUACCCGGGGUGGUAGUCCUAUUCUCCACAGUCCAUGUCAUAGAUUUCACUUGA